CGUGGUGUGAGAUGAGUGAGUGAGGCAGUGAGUGAAACGACAUGACAAGGCGCAGUGAGUGAGUGGCCUUGACUCACCUUUCCUGACUCGCCUCUCUGACUCAGUGAUUCAUUCACAUGUGUACUGCCCAGAAUUGCUUACGUGAACUGGUCUGGAGGUGUAUGAUGGUAGCUACGCAUGGGUGGCGGGGAGGUGACCCCAGGAACAUGCUCAUCGUGCCCACAGAAACAGUGAUCCGGGUUGCUGCCUCUCAUGACACCACAGUCUUUGUCACAGCGGGAGGAAGGCUGUACAUUGGCCAGUACACAGGCCAUGAACGAGGCAGCCUUAAGCAGGUUGAGUUGGGAAGCCGGUGUGUGCGAGAUGCAGCUGUCUACAGAGGCCAGGUGGUAUUUGUGACGGAUGCAGGAGAGGUGUUCACUCGGGACUUGGCAGGGGGAGAGGUGCGAUCCUUGCCAGUACUGGAGCCCAAGAAGACCUGCACCCACGGCCAAGAAGAGAAGGGCAGGAAGGUGAGGGUGCGGGCAGUGGCAGCCGGCACCGAUCACAUCCUCUUCCUCAGUGCCCAGGAUGAAAUUUGGGUUCAAGGAUGCGGACCAGCUUUGGGCUUGUUCACCAACAAGACAGAGAAUGAGAUCACCAACCCGGCCCGUGUGGACUUCUUCAAGGGGCGGCGGGUGCUGCAGGUGGAGGCAGGGGCUUACUUCACUGUGGCGCUAGUGGAGGCGCUGCCCCCAGUACAUUCCGACCCCUCAGCUGAUGGUGACCACAUCCCAGACUAUGACUCCUUCGUGAGGUCCUGUGAGCAGUGUCGCCGGGAGACCGGAGACCGGGUGCUCUUUGAGGAGGCUGAUGAUGGGUUUGAGAAGUGUCCGCUUGGCCUGGCCGUGAGGAAGGAUUAUGGCAGCCAUGACCACCGCUCCGACCUGCUCUCCCCGGCCCCAAGUAGCGUCAACAUGGACGGCCGCUCCUCCAGAAACAGUGCCUUCCACGAGGAUGGGGAGUCGUCUGACUGUGUGGCAGACGAUCUUGACCCCACUUCAGGGGAGGCAUCAUGCAAUGGCACAGCUCUCAACACGCCUGUGGAGUCUCACUCGGGCAUCGAGCUGAGAGAGAUGGCCCGGCAGCACAAGCAGAGCGUUGGCAGUGACUUUGAGGUGGUAGACUGUGGAGAGGAUGAGGCGGAUGGCAGUGAGGAUGGCACGAGGCGGAAGGGAAGCUCUGGGGGUCCCGGCAGCAGUCUGUUCAUCAAUGCAGAUGCUGCCAGGCAGUUCAUCUCCCGCCAGCUGUCCUGGAUGACCACCAAUGUGGAUCCAGGGGAGUGUGGUGCUCCAGAUGCUGACCGCAUCAACAAGUACCACAUAGACAGUGCCACAGAACUGAUAAAGGAGAAUGUGGCCAGUGCUGCCAACAGUGCUGCAAGUCUGGUAGCCACAGGAGUGAGGACUGUGAGCGACAAGGUGGGUCAGUUGUCCCGGCACUUCAGCAGUAGUGAGUGUGCAGACGGGGAACUUCCGGAUCUCACCCCAGACUCUGACCCGUUCCCAUUGGAUUCUCUGUAUACCAAAGUUCCCACACCAAAGAUGAGCAAGAGUGAUUCAUACGAGUGCAACAGUCUUCCACGCCGCCUGUCGGAUGAACUCUCCCGCAAAAAGACUCACUCGCGCACUGGGUCAGGUGGCAUCAGUUAUCCAAAGAUCAGCAGAGAUGGAAUGUUUGCUGUGGAGAAAGGCCCGGAGCAGGUCGCCAAGAACACCAGCCUUAUCAUUGACGGGGGACGCCACAUCCUGAACACAGAGGUGUGGGCGUGGGGGUCAGCCAGCAAAGGACAGUUGGGUCUGGGUGACCUGAGCCACCGAUCAACACCCACCUGCAUCACCACUCUCAACCACAUGGGAGUGACCAAGGUGGUGUGUGGCACUCAUCACACUGCAGCACUCACCAUUGACGGGCAGGUAUAUAUAUGGAACCAGAAAGAUACUAAAGAUGAUGUUGAUGUGGCCACAGCCGAGCCAAAGUCCCAUAGGCCAUCGUAUUGGAAGGUUUGGGUUUGGGGCGACAACUCAGGUGGGCAGGGAGGUCCCAACACCACUACUGCCUCAACCUCCAGCAGUGCCCCUUCCCCCAGCAAGUCUCCCAGCAAGUCCCCGAACAAAAUGAGUACUGCAGCGUCCUCCAUCAUGAGUCCAAGGAGACUGGACGUGCCUGAGGAAGGUGGUGGUUUGCUGGUGCGGGAUUUGGCCUCGGGGGACAACUACCUCAUUGUUAUCACAGUAGAUGGUCUUACUUACUACAUAGGCAAGCUCAGGAAUGAAGAUGAAGCAAAAGUUCAGCAGAUUCCUGUGGGUGAUGCUACAGUGCACUGCCGGUCAGUGUUGUGUCAGUGUGACAGUGUUGUCUGCACCACAGACGAGAUGCAUCCACAGGUAAUGCUGGCACAGGCGACUGUGGUGAAGUUUGUGAAGAGUGAGACCACUUUCCUGAGUCUGCUGAAGGCUGUGGUGCAACAUGUGGUGCGGCCUUUCUUGUCCUCUUGUUCCUCCAGCACCAAGGGCACCUCUUCCUCCCCCUCCUCCUCCACCUCACAGAAAGACACCAGCUCCUCUUCUUCAGGGACAGGAAAUGCAGCCUCAGACAAUAACCAGAUGCACCAGACCAAACAACAACUGCUGGAGGCAUACCUGGAUGUGACUCAGGCAGUGGCCAGUAGCCUCAGUGACCUGCUGGAUGAUCAAGCUGCAGAUGUCACCGCUGCCAUCCCCAUCAUCAGACAGGUGGAAGAGCAUAAGUCCAUCUAUCAGAGGUACAUGAAGCUGGUGUGUGAUGCUGUGGCCAUGAGUGGUCUCACCAUCACCACCAAGGAGGCCACUGCUGUCCUGGAGAAGUGCCAGACAGUAUUUGCAUCCUCGGUGCCGGAGGAGAAGCGUCGCAACCCCAGUGAUCUCUUCUCCUACUUGAUCCUGAGACCACUGCAGCACAUCCAUGAGUAUGAGAGCUUCCUGCAGACCAUGAAGUCUGAUGGUGAGAACUACUAUUCUCCCUUCACUCUGGACAAGAUCAGGGUUGCUCAUGCCCACUGGAGGCAGCUGUCCAUCACUGCACACAAGAACCUGCUUGAGGCUGAGGACACCAAGAACUUUUGGGAGACAUGCAGCUUCAAGAUGGUGGAGGCUCUGAGCACUCCCUCCAGAAGGAUGCUGCGAGAGUCAAGGACACAUCCCAUAAAUGUACACAAUGCUGGCCGCUUUUCCUCCCACUCCUUUGUGUUGCUGACGGACAUCUUGGUGCACAUCCAGUACUCCACUUUCUCCACAUACAACCUCAACACCAUGUGGGUGGAGGCAGUUUCCAAUGCUCCCAAUGUACAGCAUGGAAUCUACAUCACCCUACCAGAAGAAACCCUCACUCUCACAUGCCCUUCUAGUGGGGACAAGAACCAGUGGAUGUAUGUGCUGCAGGAAGGCAUCAAGAGGGCUGUUGAUAAAUCAGAGGAGUCAGGAGGAACAUUAACAUCCCUGCCCAGGUCUGCCCCCCUGGUUCGGAAUGCCUCCUUCACCUUCACCAAGAAUCCCUUAUAUAAAGAUGCCACUUACUCAGGCCAGUGGGUGUGUGGCAAGCUGCAUGGAGAGGGAACCAUGGUGUGGGGGGAUGGCCGCCGCUAUGAGGGACAGUUCCGGCAGAACGUGUACCAUGGCUCAGGACGGCUGGAGGUGCCCACAGGAGGCGGUGUCAACAUCUACGAGGGCACCUGGAAAAAUGGAAAGCUGGAGGGGAAAGGUAUCAUCAGAUACGCCAACAAGGAUGUGUAUAUUGGGAACCUGAAGGAGAGCCAGCCACACGGCCACGGGGAGCUGAAGAAGGGUCGAUUCAGUUCCCAGGCUGCCUCCAUCUACACUGGGGAGUGGAGCAGUGGGGUGAAGCACGGCUAUGGUGUCCUGGAUGAAAUAGCCAAAGGAGAGAAAUACAUGGGUACGUGGCAGAACAAUGUGCGUCAUGGGCCAGGCAUGGUGGUAACUAUGAAUGGUGUCUACUAUGAAGGCAACUUUCACCAGAACAAAUUAACAGGUUGUGGCUUGAUGAUGUUUGAGGACAAGACCUACUUUGAGGGAGAGCUGGGCAUGGGAGGAACCUUUGCUGGAAAGGGCAGCCUGCAUUACCCAAGUGGUGAUACUAUUGAGGGCACCUUCACUGGCAACUGGGAGGAUGGCAUAAAGAUUAAUGGUGUCCUUCAGAAAGGCAUUGGUUCCCCAGAUGAAGACAAUGUUCCCAAAUCUUUUGGAAAGUUUAGUGUCCAUGCUGACCAGAAGUGGACUGCUGUAGUGAGACAGUGCCAGGAGCAGCUGGGCUUAUUUACUGGCACUGACAUCACCACCAUCAAGCAGGUGUGGGAGACGCUGGCCAAGAGACUCGAGUCGGAGAAGCAGGCAUCCCAGCGGCAUGGAGGCUCACUGGAUCUGCUGGAUGGCAUUGAUCGUAUCCCAGACGCAAGGGAUGAACUCACCUACCAAUUUUUCAUGGAGAUUCACACCUACCUAGGCAAGGCUUUUGGAAAUCGACUUCACCCGCUGGGCCAGUUGUUGCUGUCCCUUGUUGAUGCCUUCCGUGCCACAUAUGGGGGAGUGGUGGCUCACUCCCGCCUCCUGCCUUAUGCUGUCCAGGAGGUUCGAUCCUUCACCUCAAGGCUUUAUCAGUUGGUACGUGUGUUGUUCCCUGUUCUGCCCCCCGAGUCAGAGAGUGUUCUGCUGGAGCCAGGUGAUGAGGAACAGGAGGAGAUUGUGGUGACUCCUGCCUUCGUGAUCCAUCCCUGGCUGCUGCCUCACGUCUACUCCCCACUGUCUACCCUGUAUGUGCUGCAGCAUCAGCACAAGGAUGAGGAGUACUGGCGGCGACUUCUCAAAUGGAACAAACAGCCAGACACUGCUCUCAUGACCUUCCUUGGGGUGGAUGUGAAAUUUUGGCUGCCUGAGGGUGCCAGCUUAGUUGAGUCUAGCCGGACUCUGGGCACCCUGAAAGAUCAACACUUUACUGAGGCCAUUGAGACUCUUCAGAUGCUGUCAACAUCAUUCAGUCCCAGAGACAAGCUUAACCUCAUCCACAGUACUUUCCAACUAGUUAGCAAGGCUGUCAUGGCCAAGCUGGGGAGCAACUACUUGUGGAGCAUGGAUGACCUGUUCCCAGUUUUCCAGUAUGUGGUGGUGCGCUCCCGCAUCCAGCACCUGGGAGCCGAGAUCCAGCUGGUGGAUGACCUGCUGGAGCCCCACAUGCAGCAUGGAGAGCUGGGCAUCAUGUUCACUACACUCAGGGCUUGCUACUAUCAGAUUCAGAAUGAAAAACUCACUCAUAUGCUCUGAUGGAAUUGAAGUAGUAGGAGCAGUGACUGUCAAGAGGAAGCAGUGUGUUGGCUGCCUGGCUCUGUGGGAGGGAGCUUUCCUGCCAAGUGGCCUCUGUGAAGUGUCCUGAUGCAUCAGGUUUAAGACAGAACUCUGGCACUCAGAUUAAUGCCAUUGAUUUUUUGCUCUGCCUUAUUGCUGCAGCCAUUAAAAAUGGCCAUCAGUGACCAUAACCAGAACACAAGAGGGAAAUGAAUACUGGAAAAUUCUCCUUCAGUAUUAAGUAUUUUGAUAUUUGGUGAUGAUGUUAAAAAUGAGAUUAGUGCAGCAACUGCAAGAACAUAGUUGAUGUCUUGUGUGUUUUCAACAUUGGAAACAUGAUAUUCAUUACUAAGCUGAAAGAAAUCAAAAUCUUUUUUACAGCUAUUAAUUUUCUGUCAUAGGAUACAAACUUUAGGGUACAAAGAUGUGUACUGUAAAAAAUAUGCAUAGACUGUGACCCUCCUGUGUACUUCACAAAUAUCAUUGUGAAGGUGCAACCCUUGCCACUGCAUUUGCUCAGAAUUACAUUAAUACCAUAUCAGUUUGUCAGGAUGUAACAUUCUUUGCAUUACAAGGAACCAGGCAAGUAGAUGGGUGUAUAUUAGAGCAUGUAUUUAUCAUGAGUGUUGGGUUGCCUCAUCCGGGUGAUAAUUCAAGUACAUGAAUGCUGAUGUCAUUAAUAUCUAAUUUUGUAUGGUUUUGUAAGUCCUCCAGAGAGUGAUGGUAAGUAUUUGUUUUGUUGAUUGCUGAAAUCAAGAGUGGUGUUAUUAUUUCAUUGAUUUUGUUUAUACUUGUAUAUUGUUCAGCUUGAUUUAAGUGUUAACUACAUAUUGGUUCUUAUGUUUGUACAUGUAAAGGAUAUAUCUAUCUUAGUUUAUAUUACAUUUUUUUGGUGUGGCAAAAAUAUGCUUGUAUGAAAUGUAUUAUGAUCCUUUAUCAUUAUUAGAUUAAUAUCUACAUAGAGUUUGUUGGUUCUUCUCAGUUUUUCACACAUUCAUUGAUCUAAGAUUAUAGGCAGGUUUUCAUACAUGUGUGACCCCCUUGUCUACAAUAACUCAGUAAAUCCUGCAUUUGGCAAGUAAUUAGUGCUGUCAAGUCCUGUCCAAAACCCAGAAUGACCAUGUUAAAAGGUUUUAUUCAGCAGAAAUUAAACCUGUUAUUAGUUUCUGAAGAAGUGACAACACUUGGCUGGCAAUAAUUGAAGGGUGACAGGCCAGUGGUGAGGGUUUAGAUGCCACUCGUGGAGAGAGUUUUGUCACAAGCUUUGUGUCUGGCAGAUUGGAGAGUUUACUGUGUAUUGUAUUCUUAUUAAUGAGUUCCUCAUAACUUUAACAGUGCUUGUCAGGUUCAGCACUGCAUACAUGUAGCGCUGGUCGCUAUUAACUAAAAUGAUGCAUACUACUUGAAGGGAAUAAUGAAGAAUAUGUAGCCUGGGACCUUGCAAUGUUCAUGGAAAGAUGCAGAGGCAGUGCACAUUUUUUUUAUUGAAGAUUGAAGACUGAAGCAAUACUGUACAUUUUCUUGAUGUGUCUGACUGAUGCUGUGCCCGACUGUAUAAUCACUCUGCAAGGCUACUAGUGACCCUUUUUAUACAGUAAUAACAGAUUUAUGCUAUGGUUCAUACAAACUGCUAAAGAUUUUCCUGAGCUUAUGCAUUCUGAGAGGAAGAUUUGGUUUUGAAAAAUACCUGUUGUGAUGUGCAUGCUUUAAAAAUUAGUUGACUGUGUGUGCGAGGUGUAUAUGUUUUGCAGUUUGGCAUUUUUGUUAUGCUGUCUUUAAUGCAUCAGAAUGUGAUAUGUAUAAUGAUAAGUUUUCUAUUUUGAACAAACAGUGGUGUGCAUAUGUUAUUGAAAGAGAUAACACACUGGUGGUGAUGUGCAUUUUGGCCCAAGCAUUGUUGCUGGACCUUACUCACAGGAAUUGGUCUGCAUUACUAAUUCACUGAAUUAUAUGCUGUAUUUUUUGGUGUAUAAGAUGUAUUUUAUACCAUAAAGGAUUUCUGAAUGAUCAUGCAUCCCAGGUAAUGAAGGUCAUGCAUCUAAUGCCUUUAAGUCUUGAUUUUGUGAUAAUACACCUGAAAAUACAGUAAAUAUUUCAUCAUCCUCUUGGUUACUUUAUUGUAGCCAUGAUGAUCUAACUAGUCUCAAGGGUAAACAUUUGAAAUUAUUUAAGUAUUUUAGCUAGAGUUAAAUUGUUUUGCAGUUUGUUUUGUGCUCCAAUUGUUAAUGUUUACAGAUAUAUAUUUUGUGUUUCUGUUUAUUGGAUGUUUCAUUGUAUUUGCAUGGAAGAGAGAAUUAUUUAAAAAAUAAAAAUGCAUUUGUUAUUUGUUAUCAGUCUUGUGCCAGUUAUUCAUUCAUGUGUCCUGUGUUUUGUCAUCCUCAUGGAAACUGUCCAGAGACUGAUUUUCCUUUCACUUCACUGCUCCCUUUCUUAUCAAACUGACGGAACUGUUUUGUCUUGGACUGCAUGCUCAUUAUCUUCUCAGUCUUUUGUUUUGGCUUAAUCUUGCACCUGUGUGUGUGUGUGUGUGUGUGUGUGUGUGUGUGUGUGUGUGUGUGUGUGUGUGUGUGUGUGUGUGUGUGUGUGUGUAUACCAAAUGAUAUUUCUACAGGGUUAAGAACAGCUUCCUGUUUAAUCUUUUGAUACUUUUCUGUCAUGUUUUCCUUGUUGUGCUGCACCUUUGUGUUCUAGUUUUGUUUUAUUACUGCAUGUGCAGAAUGCUGUAAGUAUUUAGUAAAUGUUUUGUGGUAUGGAACUACUGGUGAUGAGUGAUGGAAGCAAGUAACUUAAAGCACACUGUGGCUUAAUAACAAGGAAACAGCUACUUGUUGAUGUGAGUAAUCCCUCCCUUACAGUUAUGAAGAAGUAAAAAUCUCAUUCAUUAAAGAUAGCCAUUGCAUUUAUUGAGUUGAAGUGAAUAAAACAGAAUGAUCAGCAGUGUAUAUCAUCAAACUUCUGUUUCUCAUUGUAAGCAGAGUAGAAUGCCAACACAAGAUGAUAAUGAAGUUCCAAACAGUGAAGUGGAUCUUGUUGAACACCAUUUUAGAACUGAACAUGAUCUUUCAGUUGUAUAGUCUUUUAUGCAUCUCUAAACAUGGGCAGAACAGAAGUCCAGAGGAAAGAUCUGUGACAUGUUUAAGGGGAAAGAGUAAUGUAGGUGCAAUUUUCAUCAUAAUUUACAUUUUUGAAUUGGUUGCAAGUUCUGUACUUUUUAGCUUUAUUUCCUCACAAAGAACUCACUUCUCAAAUAAAGUGCAUGUAUAUUUAUAGUCACAUGUAAAGCAAAAUAAGUUUAUAUAUAUUAUCCAUGAAUGCUUAGGAUUUACAUGGAUUGAUUUCAUGUGGGAAUUUUAAACUAAGCUAGAUAGAAAGCAGCUGUUGGAAAGUUUAGGAAUUUGUUCUGUGUUGUAAUUAUGUACAUAAGUCUGAUGUACGAAGUAGUAAUGUGUUUACAUGUGAGUGGAGGAGACCAUUAAAGAGCUGUGCAUGUAGUGCUCUCAUCCAGCUUUGGUCAGUGUGGUUUGGCCAAACAUGUGGAGCAGUGCCUUUCUUGGUUUAACAAUAUUUACUUUAUGCCUUUGUGUCACAUCCUACCUAACCCCGCGUCAGGUGUCUUUCGUAAUGGCACGAGAACACAUAACUACAUAUACUUUUGAACUCCAUCCUCUCUGUUAUCACUGAAUUCCUCACCAAGACAGCUAUUCUGAAGAAUGGUACAUUGUACUUUAAAUGCAUUACUUUGGCAUGGGUGGAAUGUAAAAAUUCAGGAGUGGAGCUGUACAUAGUAGGUAUAGUUGUAUGCUGUUGUGACAUUACAAAUGACACAUUCUUUAUGAGUGAACAGUCUGCUUGGAGUACAGAACAUCUACAUAUCAGCAAAUCUUGUGGAGCGUGAAGAUGCCUCAGAAAUGUGUAGAACCCAAUGUUAUAAUUAUUUUUUUUUUAUAUUAUUUAUUUUUUUUCAGUCUGAUGGCUCUGGGGGACUUGUUCACCCAAAUUUGUCAAGAAAUCGUUAAGUAUCCAUAUACUAAUGUAAUUUUCUUUUUUGCUCAAUGAUAUUUAUGUAAAGUGAAAAUCAGGAUUGUGUUGCCUCCUCUUUGUUGCCUUUGUUUCACAUUAUGAUGCUUAUAAUAAUUAGUGGAAAGAAUGAACUUGAUUUGUUAUAAUGUUGUUCAGGGUGAAUUUUAGAUCUGUUCUGCCUCUGUGAGUGAGUGAGUGAGAGAGUGAGUGAGUGAGUGGGUGUGUGUGCAAGCAGAGAGGUGAGAGUCUGAGUGUAAGUGAUUAUUAUUGUUAGAUCUUUAUUUUCGUGUGUGUGGAAUUGGGUUAGCUAUUGGUUUUGUAAUUACAGUUUUAUUAUUAUUAUAAUAAUUAUAAGUUUUGUUUGUAUAAUAUUUUAUAAAUGAAAGCCUUUGGUUAUAAUGUACAGUAUGUAAAUGGGAAAAAAAAUGUGUGAACUAAAUUAAGAAAGGUAGUUUGGAAAUAUUCUUUGCAGCAGUUGAUGGAAAGGACUGUCACAUUUAGUAAGUCUGCAUAAUAAUAAUUAGAAGUAGAUGGUGCAGAGUGUAACACUAGUGCUCUUACUUCAUUAUGGUGGAAAUGGAGCAGAUGUGGCAAUGUAUUUACCCUCCUUUUAUAUUUGUAUGUCAGCAGGUGUUGAGUGACAGCCUGAGUACUGCUGUUCAUGAUAAUGUGUUGAGAAAGCCCUGUAUACAGCUGUUCAUGACCAUGUAUUGAAAUUGUGUUGUUUAUUGAGAUAGGUCUGUAUACUACUGUUUGUCUUCAUGAGAUAGACAAGAAUGAAUAUUUUUGUUUGUCCUCAUGAGACAAACAGUGACAUAGGUUGGCAGAAUUAUCAGAACAACUCAAUGAAGAGCAAACUUUCUCUUCAAUUAUCUUAUUUUACAUAUUAAGCUUCAACAGUUUCCUUUUAUUCUGGCUAUUUUGUGCAUUUUGGCAGGAUUGAGUCAAGCUUACAAUGUUUUGUCUUGUGAUGCCAAUAGCAUUAUACAUACUGCAUAUAUAUAUAUAUAUAUAUAUAUAUAUAUAUAUAUAUAUAUAUAUAUAUAUAUAUAUAUAUAUAUAUAUAUGUGUGUGUGUGUGUGUGUGUGUGUGUGUGUGUGUGUGUGUGUGUGUGUGUGAACUCAGAAAUCAUCAUCUGUACAAGUGUGAAAUUCUUGACCUCAGAAUUUCCCUGUCACCACAUUUACUAAUUAAAAUUAAACUUUCCCUGUGUUGAACCUAGAAAGUGUUGGUAUCUGGAGUCAAUGAAUAUACAAAUGAGCCAAUGAAGUAGGAAAGUGACUUCAUGACACCACCACCUUUCCAUGUAUGUAAAAAUAGUGUGUAUGGAAGCAUGAGAGCCGAGUACUACACCCUUGACACCAUGGCUUAUCUCAUCAGGACAGCAUUAACAGGAAUCUAUUAAGUGAAGUGGUUCAGUAAGCCUUGUACUUUACUAUAGUUUCACCAGGUGGUUCUGAUAGUUUUGCUGCCAUUUGUAUUUCAGAUGUCAUUAGCUCAAGGGCAGGUAUGGAAAGAUGUUAAGAUUAUUGUGUAUAUUAUAACAGAAAAAUGGUACAAAUGGUCCAUUUUUCGACUUUGCCUAACAGUGCGUCAUUACAAUCCCAGUCCAUCAAACAGUGGUGGUGUCGUAUUUUGGCCAAUUAACCUGAUUUAUAGUUGCUAUAGUAGAUGAGAUGUCACUGUAUAUUUUGUGUACAUUAUACCUGUUUUUAUAAGGAAACAAUUAUGAAAGGUUUUCAUAUCCCA